AUGCUUUCAGUCGGCCUCCUUUUGCAUAUUCUCGCCUGCGCGAGCAGUGUACCUCUCAAGGAUUUCUUCCCUUUUGGCGAAGGAACCGGGGAUGUUCAGAUUCCAGACAAAAAGCAUGUGUUAGGUGAUGUGUUUAACCUACACUCUACCUACUCGUUUUACAACCACGACUACAACGAUCUACAGGUAAGUCAAAUCAGACACGAUUUACUGGGACUUAUUUUGGUAAUUUGCUGAGUAUCUUACGAUUUAUGCCAACUUCCAAGAUAUUUCAUGUUGUGGAAUCCUGCGCGAGGUAUUUCAGCAACACCCUCAUAAUGUAUUUUGCGGACCUUUCUAAAUUGCCCCCUUGUAAAUCAUUUGCAUAUCUUAGGGCGGCUAAACCCGAUGCCAAUAGUUUCAUAGCGUAUGUUUUAAUUCUUCUAAGGGGCGAGAAAGCUGGUUACAGCUCUAAUAAAUCUGAUAAUAGGGGAAUACUGUAAUUCGCUUUGCGCUAAUGAUUCGUAAAGAGCUGUUUUGUGUUAAAGAUAGCUCCUUGCCUUUGACAAGCCGUCAAUUGUUUCGAGAGGAAAUCAAACAUGAUGUUUGAUCCUAUCGCAAGACCUUUUGGCAAAUUCCAUAGGGCCAUUUGUUUUCCUGCAACAAAAAAAAAGAGAGAGAGAGAAAAAUUUGAAUAAGUGUACCAAGUUGAGUAUUUCACGAGGAUUCUUGAAGAUUUUUAACACUUUGUUUGAAACGUUAAUCAGGCUACCAGGAAAAAAUUUCGAAACUACUUAGCGGUUUAUUCAUAGUUGAAUUAACUUUGCCAAAUUUAAUCAUUUACGGUGAUUCAAUUGCAUUCCGACAACCAGACGUUUAAACGUUAAUGGAACAUGAAGACAUCUUUGUGUAAAUUCCACAAUGGCGAAGAUUUGACAAUCGCGGACCGUGUUAUCAGAAAAGUAAACUGUUUAUCUGUCCGAAUCGCGGGAGGCCUUUCCUUUAAGACAAAUAACCAAAUAAAAUGAGGUUUUCCUUUGCGAUGUUCGUGGGUGGGCAGUUUUCGCAGAAAGAAAUUCCCACGAAUUUCCAAUCACAGUGAGCUCAUACUCAACGGGAGACCACAAAACUAUUUAUCAUAGAGAUUUUUAAAAAUUAUUUUUAAAAUGCCCAUGACCUUUUGAAAAUUGCAACGUGUGGUCGGCUUUAAUGUUUUUAUUUCUGAUUCUCGUUAACGGUGAUCGGUUGAAAGGAAAGAUGAUUAUUAUGCUCAUUAAGCUGAUCACAUCAAGAGAAUGGCACAGUUUAUAUUUAAGAGAGUAGAUUACAUUAGCAAAAUACGUAUUUUCUCGCUUUUUCUCUUAGCUAUAAGGACUAUUGAAAGGCCCUCUGAGGUGAAAAUAAUGUUGCUUUAUCCUUGCGAAAUAUGCAAACGAUUUACAACCGGUCACGCACAGCACAAAUGCUUAUCUUGCUUCCUUUAAAAGUACUUGACUCUUAAAUGCUUUACAUUCAACAAAAUUUAUAAAUUGUAGCAUUGUUUCUCUUUCACAAUCCACGCAUCCUUUAGAACAAGCUGAGCGAGUUAAAAAUGUUUUAGAUGAAUGUAUUCAAAUUAAAGCUAAUUAUUUCCUAAUUCUAGGUAAGCCACUGAGUAGCUAUCAAAAGCUCAAUCUAGUUAGCGCAUCGUAAUGGUAUAAGCUACAUAUAAUUACCUUUACCUCUCCCAGUUCUAUGAUUCUUUAUUCUCUACCGCCAAAAUUCGAUUAAGGACUUCCACGUCUAGCUCUGACAUUUUUCCUUUAGAGUAAGUAAAAGAAUUUGGCAAGAAAACUGAUUUUUCAGCUUUACCCUCGUGCGAGUAGGUACAAUUUUCCACUCGCCCAAAAGUUCUUUCUACUGCCCUUUCCUCAUCUGCAGACAAAAGACUGAGAACUUGUAACAUACCCUUAGGAUAAGUGAUGAAUAAAAUCAAAUCCAUCAGCCGAUUGGAAAAUCAACGAGCCCGGACUAUCGGUCAGGACUUUCUUUGCGCGCCAAAGAACACCCUUAAAUUUCUUUUCGCCGCUCAUCUACUUGAUAAUGUUUAACUAGUGAUAGGAGAAAACCCUGGCGCGUUGAAUAAGUCACCUGUGGGAGUUAAGGGGUUUAAGAUAACUCAGGUCACUGUGUAUCCAUUUCAUCAGGUAUACACCGAUGGAGUUAUCACCCUGGGAAAACACACUUUCCCCGAGGAACGACAUAGGAGAUACCCAUUUCCGCCUUCUGCGCCAUCCAUUGCAGUGUUCUAUGCACCUGUGGCUCUAGCAAAGUCCAGUGCAGUGUUUUUGAGAGAGACUAGGAAUGAAACUAUUUUAAAAAAGGCAACAGACCAUGUUCGAUCUACUUUUAUCAAGGAGAAGGAAUUCAUAGCUAAAGGUGUCGUUAUAUCUACAUGGAAGGAUGUUGUACACCGUCACGCACAUGGAAAACUUCCCAACCAGGUAAAAGCAGCUUUAUGAUAAUUUGUUGAUUCAAAAGC